GUGGUGAGCAGCUCACUUCAUCAAGAGCCGCCGGAAAAUGCUGUCGCCUUCUACUAGUGCCGGCGCUAGCCUGCUGCUCGUUGCGGUAGGAGUGCUGCUCUAUCUGCAGACGCAUCCUCGCGCUCUUCGCAGCAGUGAGGUGGCUAGUACGUCACCUAAGCGCAAGGCCAAGAAGAAGCCGCAGCAGAAUGGCUAUACCAAUUCCGAGCCUAAGCCCAUGACUGUGCGCAUUCUGUACGGCACGCAAACGGGUGCAUCCAAGACGAUGGCCGAGACACUGGAGAAAACUUUGUUCGCGCUCAACAUCUCGGGUUUCCAUUUCCAGACGAGUGUCGUGAACAUGAAGGACUACGACCAGGACAAUCUCGAGCAAGAGGCCAUUGUGGUGGCUAUUCUGUCCACUUGGACGCAUGGCCAGCCACCCGAGGACGCCAAGAUGUUCUGCAAUUGGAUUACAGACAUGACGCAAGACUUCCGUGUGUCUAAAAGUUGGCUCAACGGCGUGCAGCACGCCGUCUUUGGACUGGGAAACGCAGAGUACGACGAGGACUACGGCACAGCAGCCAAGAACCUGGACCGCGAUCUGUCAGAUCUAGGCUCCCCGUCCCUUGUGUCUCUGGGUCUGGGCGACGAUAAUGUGGACCAAUUCAAGCAGUUCGAUGUCUGGAUGGACAACCUCGUGGCUGCAAUGUGCGAGCACAGCUCCGAGAAGGCCGUGGCUGCACUGAAGAAGAAUAGCAGCCCUGUGAAGGCUAAUAAGGCUGGGAAGAAGUGGCUGUCACAGAAGGAGUUCCGUCGUCAGAAGAGAGCUAAGAAGGCAGAAGCGAAUGGAGAGACUGUGGAGCUGAAUGAAGAAGAUCUGAUGAAUGAACAGUUCUUGGUGGAUGAUUUCUCCGAUGACGAAGAGCAGAGCAAACAAAACGCCAACGAUGACAGCGGUAUGGUGGAUGUAGAGGAUAUCGGAAAGUCGAUGAAAGAGUCGGAAGCAGCGAGCAAGUCCCGCGAGAUGGUUACACCGAUGCAACGUAAGGCGCUUACCAAGGAAGGCUACAAGAUUAUCGGCACCCACAGUGCUGUGAAGCUCUGUCGAUGGACGAAGCACCAACUUCGUGGACGUGGAGGUUGCUACAAGCAUGCGUUCUACGGAAUUACGAGCUACCAGUGCAUGGAGACGACACCCAGCCUAGCAUGUGCCAACAAGUGUGUAUUCUGCUGGCGUCACCACAAAAAUCCAGUGGGUCGUGUGUGGCGCUGGAAGACAGACGACGCUGAGACUCUUGUCAAGGGAUCGAUUGAACGCCAUCAGAACAUGAUCAAGGAACUCAAGGGACUGCCUGGAUUGAUCCCUGCUCGAUGGGAUGAGGCUUUCACCGUGCGUCACUGCGCGUUGUCCCUUGUUGGUGAGGCUAUCAUGUACCCGCAGAUCAACGAAUUCUGCAAGCAGCUCCACAACCGCCACAUCUCGUCCUUCCUAGUUACCAACGCUCAGUUCCCCGAGAAGAUUGCUGCGCUGGACCCGAUCACGCAGCUAUAUGUCAGUGUUGAUGCCGCUACCAAGGAGUCGCUGCGUGCUGUCGAUCGCCCGCUGUUUAAGGACUUCUGGGAGCGUUUCCUCGCUUGUUUGAAAGAGCUCAAGCACAAGGGACAGCGUACUGUGUAUCGCUUGACGCUGGUCAAAUCCUACAACAUGGAGGAACUGGACAACUACGCGGAACUCAUCAACAUCGGCCAGCCCGACUUCAUCGAAGUCAAGGCUGUGACGUAUUGUGGAAAGUCGGAUGGUUCCGAUUUGACUAUGAAGAACGUGCCGUGGCAUGAGGAAGUACGCGGCUUCUGCUCGGCUUUGUGCGACCGGGUGAGUGGUGACUACGCUCUGGCGUCCGAGCACGCCCACUCCAACUGUGUGCUGAUUGCCAAGAAGAAAUUCUGCCGCGACGGUGUGUGGCACACGUGGAUUGACUACGAGCGCUUCCACGAACUCAUUGCUACGUACUACGAGGAUGGCACGCCGUUCACUGCUGAUGAUUACACGGCUCCUACGCCGUACUGGGCACUGUACGACUCGAAGGAACAGGGCUUCGAUCCCGUUGAAACUCGCUUCCGUCGUACGAAGGAUGGCAAGGUUGUCGAGUUCGCGUACCAGUCUACGGAGUCGGGCUGUGGUUAAACCCAUUGAGAAGUCAAAGACAAAUCGAUUGAUUUUUUUUUCAAAUCCGUCUUCAUUUCUUCAUGUUGGUUUUGGUGGUUGUCAUUACGAUGAAAGCGAUCUAAAGACGAAUUGGCAUUCGAGAACUCCGUCCUCUGGGCAGUCGGUGCAGUGGAGUGCGUUGUAAAUUGUGGAGCGGCCAAACUUGGCGCGAAGACUGUCAGGUCGUAAAGCUUUCGCGACUUGAACGUCAAAUGGACCGCAAAACUCGCGAAAUCGACGCACCACGUCUUCACCACGAACUUCGAGCGCUAGACAUGGCGACGAGCACAUGUACUUGAGCAUCUCCUGUCGGAUGAAAUUAGUCAGUUGCAACCCUUAAAAAUCGCAAAAGUUGGGAUACUUACAUGAUACUGACGAAC